AUGUGUGAGGAAGAUGAUUUUAUGGACGUGAGUAAGUUGAAAAACCUGGGUGCUGGAAGACGAGCUUCUGGCGAAUUCAUAUCCGGCCUCGUCGAGGAAUUCACGGACGCUCGCGGCGAACAUUCAGUCUUCAGAGCGAUUGGGGCGCGAAUCGCUUCUCUUCUUUCUGUUGAGGCUGCAAAUACCUCCAAUAAUUUGACCGCGGAAGUGGAUCGCGAGUUAGAGAGGGCUAGGCGUGAUCAGUCGGAUGUUCAAUUUCAAGCUGACAACAUUGAAAGAUUUGUGCCUUCUAACCGGACUCUGUUUUACGGAUCAUCCAUCCAUUUUGAUGAGAUGGUUUCUUGCGAGGGUCCUGGUCGCGGGGCUUUUUGGGCAAUUGAACCGCGUGAACGUCCCAACUUACUGGAUGCAGUCAAACGAAAUCCUUUAACUCUGGGUAUUUCUCGUGAAAGAUCCGUUGUUAGGCCCAUCGCUAUUGGUCCAAUUCAGUCUUUCGCAGCGAUCAACUCUGAUGUUUCAAAAGUAAAUUUUGCUGAGUUCACGGGUGAAUGUUCGGCCAGGUCGAAUGGACCCAGUAACCUAAUUGUUUCUAAUCGCGAUGCCGAUGGCAACGGUUCGUUUAGUCUGGCCGAUGUCAAUGAUAACUUGACUACGCCUUCGGAGAAUCUGCACUCAAAUUCGCCAGCUCAAGUGACCCACAGUUACUUGCCCCUUGCUAUCUCAGAGGCUGAGAGUCCCGUUUCUCAAGAAGCCGUCAAAUCUAGCGCUUAUGCCUUUGGGCCUUGGCCCGCUGAAGAGGAAGAAAAGUAUCAAGAGAUGAUGCGCCUUCUGUUGGAAGGACACAAUGCAGAAGUAUCUUGCGAUUCGGUUGCUGGGGAUGGGACUUCCACGAAUAAUGGUAGCGGCAUUGCAGUCUUCAAGCUUUUCCUUAACCAAAUACUUCCUUACUCAGAUACCUUGACGAAACCGAAGAAAGAAACGAAGCAACGAAGAAAAUCAUCGCUGAAUCCCACUAAUGAGAGUGAAACACUAAUAAUUUUAGAUAUGUGUGAUCGGUGCAAGGAGAAUGCGGCGUCUACUUGCCGUUCAUGUAGUUUGCGAAUGUGGAAUUUACACCAAACGGCAUCGACAAUGACAACAAUCCCCACUCCAAUGGAUGCGGCGCGUGUGUUGUCCCACGUAAAUAAGCCCGGCAACUAUGGCAGCAACUCAGCUCUGGAUCAGCUGUUGGACGCACUGGAUGAUGAUCAGGAGGCGCCGCCCCCUCACUGGCAUAAACAAGUUCAGCCUGCAGGCGAAGUCUACAUAACCCCGGCACCUUACCUCGACCAUGAAUAUUGCCACUGCCAAAAGCAUAUUCGUCCCAUCGCGGAGACUUGCAUUAUCGACGCUGUGAACUCUCGUCUGAGGCAGGAGAAGCUGCAUCUGUUGCGUGGACUUGUCAAUCCUCGAGACUGUCUCACUUUCGAUGUGGACUCCAUGUCCAUAAAUCCAGUUGAGGAAGAUUUUGCACAUCUUUCCGAAAGCUUUGGAGAAGCGGAGGAGGGCGAUUACGUGGACAAGUCCCCUCCCUCGUACGCAAGGCAAGUCAGGCGGCACUCUAGGCAGGUCAAUGGAAUUUCGGGUUCACGAAGACGCCGUGCAAAAGGUGGUGAGACUUACGCUCCAGUGUCAAAGAUUGCUAGGCGGCCUUCAGUUUCUAAUCGGGGUCAAAAAAGAUCCUGUGAUGAACUUGUUGGUGCAGAUUACGCUACACUAGGCUAUGCGGAUGAUGACUUUUACGUUAACAAUGAUUAUUACGGUCCGCCCCCAUACACUGGACAUUAUCAAAGACGACUCUAUUUUGGUUUGAAAAACAAUGAAGAUUUUUGUAGAUUAAAUAAUGAGUUGGAAAUGUGUGGAAGGCGUUUUAAACGUCGGUUUCCCUGCAAUCCCCGUGUUAUUUCCGCAACUCCAUCAAAAAUGAGAGAAGGCAGGUUACAAACUUCGUAUUCUACUUCUUUUGCAACUACACGCAAGCGAAGAUUAGCUGAAUCUCCUAAAUCUAAACACGAGCAGCGGUGCUUGAAAAAGACUAAUUCGGGCGAUGAGACACCCGAGGUGACCAAUCUUACCAAUGGCGCUAAGGAUGUUACGUAA